CUGCAUGAAAGCUAAAGCUAAUUGGCCGAGGGCGUGGUAUUCCAUUACACCUGUACCCAUUUACUGGCCGUCUGUGUCUCUCUCUUGUAUACUCGCUUGAAAUUGUACAGACAUGGCUCGUACCAAAUGGGGGCGAUUCAAAGUUGCUGCUUUCUACUAAGAGAGAUUUGCAGGGAGUAGAUUGAACCUUCCAAUUACAGUUAACCUCAGAAACCUUGCUCGGACCAUUUUGGAGCGUUAAAAUGGCUGCUGAAACAUUCUAUUUCAAACAACGUGAAGGGAUUGUCCACAAUCCAAUAGGGCAGCUGUCAGCGCCUUGGUGGAGUGCCAUCACUUCUCCAUCGGUUUAUGGGGAAGCCUGUGGCCAAUUGAAGCCUUUGUCCAUGGACCACCCCAGUGGUGGAGACCAACUGAUUACCAACAAACAAGCAGCAAGGGGUACCCAAGCAGCGGCUAGAGCAAAUACAACUCAGUUCACUCUCUUUCCCGUCUCCCUUACAGAUAAUUGCAGAAGGUCAGGGGAUGGGCAAAAAUCUCAGGUAGCAAUUUCUCCCCAAUCAGCUCUGCCAGAAUAUCGAGGUUGCUUUGAGCUAGGAUUUGGGCAGCCCACGAUCUAUGCAAAAUAUCCUUAUGGGGACCAAUGUUAUGGAGUCUUCCCAACUUGUGGACCUCAAAUUCCGGGCCGAGUUAUGCUGCCAUUGAACUUGACAACUGAUGAUGGACCCAUAUAUGUUAAUGCUAAGCAGUACCAUGGGAUUAUCAGGCGCCGGCAGUCCCGUGCAAAGGCAGCACUGAAGAAUAAGUUGACUAGAGUUCGUAAGCCAUAUAUGCAUGAAUCACGCCAUCUCCAUGCUAUGCGCCGACCAAGGGGAUGUGGUGGCCGUUUCUUGAACACGAAGAUUUUGAACAAACGAAAGAAUGGAACUGAAGUGAACAAAACCAGUGAUGGACAAAUUUCUCAGGCGACUGGUUCCCAGAGUUCUGAAGUCCUGCAGUCUGAUAGUGGUACCUUAAACACUUCAAAGGAUGCUAAUGGCAGUGGUUCAAAUAUUUCUGUGUCAGAGGUGACUAGUAUGUUCUCUAGGGGAGAUCUUGAUCACUUUCCAAUCAACCAUCUCAUGCCUUCUGUCCACUCUCUAUCAGGCAGGAUAGAUGGUGGGCAUGGCAUUAUUAUGCCCGGUAAGUGGGUUGCAGCAGUAGACAACUGCUGCAGCCUCAAAGUCUGAUAGCAAGGGAUCGGGUGGUGUUGGUACUAAAUGCGCCAAUGUCCAUCCUCGCUGCAACCAGAUGGAGAAGUUUCAUUGCAAUAACUUGUUCUUGCAACAGGCUUCGGUUGAGAGGGUUGUCCCCACCAUAUGGUUGCUAUGAAAGGCAAAUCAUUCUUGGCUCGUGCAUCGAGGCUGUCGUCUGACAUUCCUUGCAGCCUUUCCGGCUUAAGGUGGUUAGAGAUGCCUGAUGUACUUUAAUGUACUGUAGAUUAAUGGAGUAAUUGAUAAGUAAGUCUCCUUAGCUAAUUAAAUAAGAGCAUCAAGGUCUGGAUAUGAGUUUGUGAAUUAGAGAUAAAAGUGUGACGUUGUUAAAGUUUGAUUAUCUAGUAUGUCUCUGUCUGACUUUUGGAGUAAUGUAGCCUAUAACUAGGCGUCUGUUUUGUUAUCUUAAACUUUGGAAGCACCAAGCCUUACUCAAGAAUUUGGUGUUCUUGUCAUCUGUAUUUGAAGCAUAAUGCAUUUUUCCUAUUCUUGAUUA